AUGAGCGGAGAUCCCGAAUUCAUCAUCCUGAAGUACCAAGCAUGGAUGAGAACAGCCGCUUUCGAAGACACGAUCCUUGGCGCUAUCAUAAAACAGCCUCUGAGUCCAUCCACAAAUUAUGUUCCCGAUGCGCCGGCGGCAUACAUCAGUCACACACUUCAAGAAGGCUCUGCAACUGAUUUUGUUCUCGAGGGCACUGGAAAUAAGAGUCAGGGCGUCGCGGGUUCGUUGACAUCCAUCGGACAAUUCUCGGUAUCUGGCAGCCGCGAAGCUAGCGUUUACCUCAAUGGGAAGCAUAUUCGAUACAAGCGGAUUCAGCAACUCGACCAAUUUUGGGCCAAGCUCAGAGAAGAUCCGGACGUCAAACGGAGUAUGGGAGACUGGAUCUCUAUGUGGAACACUUGGCCCGUUUGUCUCGUAGUCGGCAUUAUGAUGUGCGAGGACGUUGAGAUUAGUAUGGAUGCAGCGAAGACUCAAGAGCGUAAGGCGCAAGGCGAAAUCCCUGUGGGUGAGAUUCUUCUACCAGCUAGUGGAGUAAAUCAGCUAGGAAAGGACGCAAACCCUAAGCUCGAAGCGACAUCCUCGCAACAUACAGCCACUCUCUUUAAGGCCAACAUGGAAGAAAAUAGCAUCUUUGCAGUUGAGCUGAAGAUAGUCACGACCGGGUCCAUCCACCGUAAGCUCUUGCGAUUGAAGGACAAGGGGCCAAACGUCGGCGACAACCGUUUGGCUGGCAUGGACUCGGACGAAGACAGCGAUGAGGAGACACCUGUUGAUGAAGACUUUAUCCUGGCUGAUCUAGACACAGAUACAGUGAGAGAUAUGACACAAGACUAG